GGAUGAAGAGGAAGGGUCAGGAUAGUAUCGAAUUUGAUAAGAAAAAAUAUAUGAUAUCCUUCCAGCCAUGGAUGAAUGAGAAUCAAUUGUAUGAGUGGAACAAGGCGAUGAGCUACAAGUAUUAUUGGAUCAGAGUCCUGCAUGUUCCUAUUUCGGUCUUACCCCAUCUCAAGGGUGCGGCCAAGAAAGCGUUUGGCUCAGUGUUGAGCUCCUCGGUGGCGUUUGCAGACCCGGUUGCACCGGACCUGUGGACAAUUUGCUUCGACAUGGCUCUCGCGGCGCGACUGAAGUACAAAAGGCAUCUGGUAGUUGAUAUGGGAGACUAUGGUUUUGUUGAGUUGGAAGUCGCCUGCACGGAUUCGCCCUGGUGCUGUAAGUGCAGACGUUUUUUCCACUCUGACUCAGACCCCUCCUGCCCGCGUAAUGCAAAUUACAAAGAGGCACUCACAAAAGUCACAAAGGAGAAGGAAGUUAAAGAGAAACCGAAAGAGAAAGAAGGGGGUGAGAAAGUGAUUGAGAAAGAGAGCGAGAAAGAAGAGGGUGAGAAAGAGACGGAGGACAAAGAGGGAAAGGGGAAGGGAUUGGAAGAGAAGGAAAGGACUGAUGGACAGGAGAAAGUCACAGACGAUCGGGAAAUGGGGAAGGCGGUAAAAGGGAAAGAUAAAGGGGUGGGUGAGAAGGAAGGAGGGAAAAAUCACCCUCACCCUAACCCUCCGAUGGGAAGGGGCAAAAAGAAAAAGACACCGUCUCUACCGAAGGCGGGCUCGGAGUCGAGACGCUACAAACUGAAUUGGAGGAAGAAGAAAGUGCUUACUCAGCCUCCCGAGAAGUCCACUAAAGAAACCUCGGGGCUGGAUAAGGGUGUCGAGACGGCAGGGGUUAGCAGGGCGAAAUUGGAAAAAGUUGAAGAAGGGGGCAAGAAAGAGGAGAAUGAAGAUGUUCGAAUGACGGUAAGAGAAGAUGGAGGGAGCCGGGAGGGGUUGGGGAAAGGUGAAGAUAAGGAUUUGGAGGAGGGGUCUCAUCUUCGGAUCGGAGACCACAGAUCUCAGGGGAAUGAUCCCUUGGAGAGGGGGGAAAGUGUGGUACCUGACAGCCAGGUGUUAACACCUGGUCUGGACGGUGGUCAGGGGGGGAUGCCGCUGACUGAGAACCCCUCCGCAGAACUAGAGACUAAGUCUGUUUCCCCCGCCGGGCUUGGUAUAGGGCUUUUGUCUAAGGAGAAGGUCGAGGAAGAGGGUAAGCAGGAGGAGAACGAAAAUGUUCAAAUGACGGAAAGAGAGGAAGAAGGGAGCCGGGAGGAGAUAGGGAAAGGUGCAGCUAAGGAUUUGGAUAAGGAGGAGGGGGCUCACCUCCGGAAUGAGGAUCACCAAUCACAGGGGAAGGAUCUCAUGGAGAAAGGGGAAAGAUUGAUUCCAGACAGCCAGGUUAUAACACCUGACCUGAAUGGCGGAAAUCCCGAUCAGGGGGCGAUGCUGUUGAUUGAGAACCCCUUCGCAGACUUACAGAUUAAGUCAGUCCCCCCUUCAGGGCUUGGGAAAGGGCCGUUGACUAUGGAGAAAUCCAACAGAGGGAUGACCCUCAACCUGGUAUUCAAUGCAUUGGAGGAAGCCAACACAUAAGCUUUCAAAAGAAAUAAAAAAGUAGGGCUCAAGAUGCAUGAAAUUUCAGCAGAAGAGAAUGUUGGCUUCGGUCCCGCAAAUACGGUCCCAACAAAGAAAAUGAGACUGA